CUUGCCGUCGCUGUCGCCGCUGUCGUCCCCGACGACCUCUCUCUUGCGGUGCUUUGGCUGUAUACUUCUCUUAGGUCCACGCGGGAGGCUAGGCUGGGUUAGGCGAUGCUCAAAAGUCGGAGUUGCGCGCAGGCAUUGCGCAGGGCGGUCGCUCCUUGUAGACCUGUGCCAACACCUCUUGUUGCGAGGGUUGCGUCGCGCUCAUAUGUCCAUGCUGUACAAAGCUCAGCUGGCACGUCGUCGAGGGAUGCACAGGUCAUAACUCCGAGCAAGUCUCGUGAAGAGUGGCAGCAGCAGGACGCGGUGCUGGUGCGGCACUUGAACGACGUGUUCUCUCCCUUGAACUUCCCUCCAGAGCUUGCCUCGCGAAUAUUGACGCAUGCUAGCCAUCCCGACGCUAUGCGGAGGCAUAACGGCAGACUGGCUUUUGUCGGGCGACGUGUGCUUCACUCAUACCUGCUCAUGUUCAUCCACUCGUCGCCGGCUCUGCGGCCGGAGCACAACUACGAUACUAUCCUGGAGCGUGCCCUCAACACGUAUGUCCUUGGAGAGCAUGUAGCGCCAAAAUGGGCCCUCGGGAAGGUUCUCAAGUGGCGACCUAUGAACGUCGGCCACUUCUCAAAACCACUCGGACCGAGCGUGGACGUACCAAGCCCCCUAAUGAACCUGGAGCGGGACAACGCGCGGGGCGUCGGCAUGUACAAGGUGCACGGGACGACGGUCGAGGCCAUCGUGGGCGGUAUUUUUCACCAGUUUGGCGGCUCCGUCGCACACCGUCUCUUCCACACCCGCAUACUCCCGAACCUCCUACUCCAAGCCAGUCACGAAGGUCUGCAUACCGGGUACCACGACCACGCUCGGGAGAUCUGCGAGAAGAUGGGCGGACCGCAGGGGCCCUUAGUGCUAUAGAGGGCUGGUGCUGGGCUCUAGGUUUGACUAGUUACUCUAACUCCACACGCAAUAAUACCGCACAUCCC